CUGAGUGCUCUGGGAUGGAGCAGGUGUGCAGAGGGUGAGGACACAGCUCUGGGACCACGUCACUCACUUCCUUCCUUGGAUCGAUUACUGGCUUGAGCAGACAAGGAUGUCUGGGAACUUGCUGCUGCCCCCGCUCGCGGGGAGGACCUUCCUGUUGCUGCUCUUGGUGGCCUUGGCUCAGUCCCACUGGCCCAGUGAACCCUCGGAGACCGUCAGGGAUUUGGAGAACCAGCUGGAGGCGUCCAUGCACUCGGUGCUCCCAGACCUCCAUGAGGCCGCCCCGACAGUGCUUGGCAUCCCCGACGGCACGGCUGUUGUUGGCCGCUCCUUCCGAGUGGUCAUUCCAACAGAUUUAAUUGCCUCCAGUGGAGAAGUCGUCAAGGUGUCGGCGGCAGGGAAGGAGACCCUACCAGCUUGGCUGCACUGGGACCCGAAGAGCCAUGCCCUGGAGGGCCUCCCGCUUGACACUGACAAGGGGGUGCACUACAUCUCAGUGAGUGCUGCGCGACGGGGGGCCAACGGGAGCCACGUGCCCCAGACCCCCAGUGUGUUCUCCAUCGAAGUCCACCCGGAAGACCACAGUGAGCCGCAGGCCGUGCGCACAGUGCCCGAGCCGGGCGAGGCGGCGUCCACCUGUGCUGCUGACGAGCCUGUGACCGUCCUGACGGUGAUUCUGGAUGCUGACCUCACCAAGAUGACCCCAAAGCAAAGGGUGGACCUUCUGCACAGGAUGCGCAGCUUCUCGGGGGUGGAGCUCCCCUACAUGAAGCUGGUGCCGGUGGUGAACAACAGACUGUUCGACAUGUCCGCCUUCAUGGCCGGCCCAGGGAACGCCAAGAAGGUGGUGGAGAACGGGGCCCUGCUCUCUUGGAAGCUGGGCUGCUCGCUGAACCAGAACAGCGUGCCCAACAUCCGUGGGGUGGAGGCCCCUGCCAGGGAGGGCGCCAUGUCUGCCCAGCUCGGCUACCCGGUGGUGGGCUGGCACAUUGCCAACAAGAAGCCCUCUCUGCCCAAACGGAUCCGGAGGCAGAUCCAUGCCACACCCACCCCGGUCACUGCCAUUGGGCCCCCAACCACAGCUGUGCAGGAGCCACCCUCCAGGAUCGUGCCUACCCCAACGUCUCCAGCUAUUGCCCCCCCAACAGAGACCAUGGUCCCUCCAGUCAGGGAUCCGGUUCCUGGGAAGCCCACAGUCACCAUCAGGACUCGAGGGGCCAUCAUUCAGACUCCAACCCUCAUCCCCAUCCAGCCCACUCGGGUGUCAGAAGCUGGCACCACCAUCCCUGGCCAGAUCCGCCCAGCGAUGACCAUUCCUAGCCACGUGGAGCCCACAGCCAUUAUCACCCCUCCCACCACCACCACGAAAAAGCCACGCGUGUCCACGCCAAAACCAGCCACGCCUUCAACCGACUCCUCAGCCACCACGACCCGCAGGCCAACCAAGAAGCCCCGGACGUCCCGGCCAGUGUCCCGGGUCACCACCAAAGCGCCCAUCACCAGAUUGGAAAUGUCCUCCCCCCCCACUCGCAUCCGCACCACCACCAGUGGGGUGCCCCGGGGUGGGGAGCCCAACCAGCCUCCAGAACUCAAGAACCACAUCGACAGGGUAGAUGCCUGGGUUGGCACGUACUUUGAAGUGAAGAUCCCACCAGACACGUUCUACGACCACGAGGACACCACGACCGACAAGCUGAAGCUGACCCUGAAGCUGCGGGAGCAGCAGCUGGUGGGCGAGAAGUCCUGGGUCCAGUUCAACAGCAACAGCCAGCUUAUGUACGGGCUGCCUGACAGCGGCCACGUGGGCAAGCACGAGUAUUUCAUGCAUGCCACGGACAAGGGGGGCCUCUCCGCGGUGGACGCCUUCGAGAUCCACGUGCACAAGCGCCCUCAAGGGGACCGGGCCCCUGCGCGGUUCAGUGCCAAGUUUAUGGGCGACCCAGCCCCAGUCGUGAAUGACAUCCACAAGAAGAUAGCCCUGGUGAAGAAGCUGGCCUUUGCUUUUGGGGACCGCAACUGCAGCACCGUCACCCUGCAGAACAUCACUCGGGGCUCCAUCGUGGUGGAGUGGACCAACAACACCCUGCCCCUGGAGCCCUGCCCCAAGGAGCAGAUCACGGGACUGAGCCGGAGGAUCGCCGAGGACGAUGGGAAACCUCGGCCUGCCUUCUCCAAUGCCCUGGAGCCUGACUUCAAGGCCAUGAGUGUUGCCGUGAUGGGCACGGGCAGCUGCCGGCACCACCAGUUCAUCCCGGCGACGCCCCCCAGGAGGGUGCCCUCGGAGGUGCCACCCACGGAGGUGCCAGAUAGGGACCCCGAGAAAAGCAGCGAGGACGAUGUCUAUCUGCACACGGUCAUCCCCGCCGUGGUGGUGGCCGCCAUUCUGCUCAUUGCCGGCAUCAUUGCCAUGAUCUGCUACCGCAAGAAGCGGAAGGGCAAGCUCACCCUGGAGGACCAGGCCACCUUCAUUAAGAAAGGGGUGCCCAUCAUCUUUGCGGACGAGCUGGAUGACUCCAAGCCGCCCCCCUCCUCCAGCAUGCCACUCAUCCUGCAGGAGGAGAAGGCCCCCCUCCCCCCUCCCGAGUACCCCAACCAGGGCGUGCCCGAGACCACUCCUCUGAACCAGGACACCGUGGGAGAGUACACGCCCCUGCGGGAUGAGGAUCCCAAUGCACCCCCCUACCAGCCCCCUCCACCCUUCACGGCCCCCAUGGAGGGCAAGGGCUCCCGUCCCAAGAACAUGACCCCCUACCGGUCGCCCCCUCCCUACGUCCCCCCUUAACCGACAAGCGCCUGGGUGGAGGCAGGGGUAGGGCUGGGGCCUGGAGACCACACGGUGUUGUCUGGAAGCCAGUGGCCUGCAGACCAUCACCCACUGAGGCCGACACUUGACCUAGCACACACGGACACACACGCGCGGGGCCUGGACAAGCCCACCCUCUGGUCCUCCGAAACCCCAAAGCUGCUGAGAGACUUUGGGGACUUUUUUUUUUUCAAUUUUUAUUUUUUGCCUAACAGCUGUUUUGUUUGUUCAUAGAAAAUUCUUCGCUGCGUUUUUGACGGUUGGCUCUGAAAGCAGCGUGUGGCGUAGAGGUAGAUGGUGGGAGCGAGGAACCAUGAAUGAACUCGCAGGCAGUGCCGGCGGCCUCCCGGCUCGCUGCUGCGUUUUGCCUUUAACACUAACUGUACUGGUUUUUUUGUUUCUUUUGUUUGUUUCUCUUUCUUUUUCUAUUCACGUGUGUCUAGCUGCAGGAUGUAACAUGGAAAACAGUAGCUCAAGAUUAAAUUCAAAGGACUUUGAGAA